UUACUGUACUCACCUUAUAGCAUCCGAUUCAGUUUCAACUUCCAGCAAGUUUUAGAUUACUUUGUAACUUGUAACUCAAUGACUCAACCUCCGUCCGGCGCGCCAUCUGACAGCGGGAGUCGGAAUCCAAGGCCAUCCCGAAGGCACGCCUGUGACCGGUGUCGCAGUCAGAAGCUCCGCUGUGAUCGGACAACCCACCGGCAGGAUACAUCAAUCGCCUGCGAUCGCUGCGCUCGAAACCAUUUUGCUUGUGUUACCAGUGCUCCCAUGCCUAUGGGUCGCCCACGCUCCUUGAACCCCAAGCCUCGUUACCGUCGCAGAACCAGCAAGACGUCCGGAGACUUGGGAUCCAAGGACACCGGGACUGACUCUUCAACCCCACCAUCCUGCUCCACUGUCCAGCCAUCACCCAACCUCACCAUGGCCGGAAUGAAAAUGGACGCGAUCAAUAAUCUACCAGAAUUGGUCUUCAAUCAGGAAGAUCUGGGCUACGGCCUUGGUUUUCCGAACGGGGAUGUAUUCGACCCUACUGCUUUCGCCGAUCUGGACAUGAGUUCGCAGCCCGCAGCAGUCGGCCCCACCGAGUCCGCAGCCGCCAACCCUCAGGAGCAGAAAGUCGAGUGCUUGUGGAAGCUUCACAGCACACUACUAGAUCACGUAUAUCGGAUCGAAAGUCAGGCGAUAAACCAGAUCGACCCCUCCAAAAAUGAAUCUUUGCCUGACACGCACCCUUUUGGACCGCAAUUCUCCGACAUCGCGAAUACACAGAGUGACCAUCCGAUGCACCAGAUGAUGUGCUGUUCACAGACGUUCCUAGAGAUCGUUCAAUCCUUUGUCUCCUCUUAUCGCCAGUCGGUCUGCAGCAUCCCACCCCCGGAGUGCGCUGUCACCGACUGCUCACGCGAUUCGGAUGAUGAAUACCUUAGGUAUCCUGGCAAUCCUGGCCCAGCUUCUUUUCUAAACCCGAAUACCUCAUUCUCGUCCACUGUGCCUCCCUUCGACAAAUCUCCAGCAAUUUCCCCAUCCACUGAAUUACGAGGAGACCAAAGGAAAAUAGCAGCAAAAACCACCCUGAUAAGACACCUCGAAGACCGCGACCAGCCCUUCCUCUCGCCUGCCAGACCCAGUUUCCCAUCUGUCUAACCAUUGCAACUUGCCACGUGCUGCUUCUCCGUCUGCACCGCAGCGUUCUCACUGAUCUAUAUUCUGCCGUACAGUCCUUGGUAGCGCGAUACAGUCCCGCAGGAAACCUGACCGGCCCGCUUGCCGUCCUGGACAAUUUCGCAGGUUCUGUGCCCUUGU